GAAAUGAGUCCCAACCAGAAAACCAGGAAGACCCCCGGGAAGUACUUAAGAAAACAUUGGAAUUCUGCUUAUCUAGGGAGAACCUUGCUAGUGACAUGUACCUUAUAUCACAGAUGGAUAGUGAUCAGUAUGUGCCAAUUACAACGGUAGCUAACCUCGACCAUAUCAAGAAGCUCAGUACUGAUGUGGACUUGAUUGUUGAAGUGCUAAGAUCUUUACCUUUAGUCCAAGUGGAUGAGAAGGGAGAGAAGGUCAGGCCAAAUCAGAACCGCUGCAUAGUAAUACUGCGUGAAAUACCGGAGUCCACCCCUGUGGAAGAAGUAGAGGCACUAUUUAAAGGAGACAACUUACCGAAAUUUAUAAACUGUGAAUUUGCCUAUAAUGAUAAUUGGUUUAUUACAUUUGAAACAGAAGCUGAUGCACAACAGGCUUAUAAAUAUCUGAGAGAAGAAGUAAAAACUUUUCAAGGAAAGCCGAUUAAGGCACGGAUCAAAGCAAAGGCAAUAGCUAUAAACACAUUUUUGCCAAAGAAUGGAUUCAGACCCCUGGACAUGGGCCUGUAUGCCCAGCAGCGCUACACACCCCCCUUCUACUUACCUCCUGUGUACAGCCCCCAGCAGCAGUUUCCUCUCUACAGCCUGAUUGCGCCUCAGACUUGGUCAGCCACCCACAGCUAUCUCGACCCACCCUUGGUAGCUCCAUUUCCAAAUACUGGAUUUAUAAAUGGUUUUACGUCUCCAACAUUCAAGCCUGCAGCAUCUCCUCUGACUUCACUCAGACAGUAUCCUCCCCGAAGCAGGAAUCCUAGUAAAUCUCAUCUGCGCCAUGCGAUUCCUAGUGCAGAAAGAGGACCUGGGUUAUUAGAAAGUCCUUCAAUAUUUAACUUCACUGCGGAUCGAUUAAUUAAUGGUGUCCGGAGCCCACAAACGAGGCAAGCAGGUCAAACUAGAACACGGAUACAGAAUCCUUCGGCAUAUGCCAAGAGAGAGGUCGGGCCUGGGCGCGUGGAGCCAGGCAGUCUCGAGUCUUCUCCUGGUUUAGGGAGGGGAAGGAAAAAUUCCUUUGGCUAUCGGAAGAAAAGGGAGGAGAAGUUUACAAGCAGCCAGACUCAGUCGCCAACACCGCCAAAGCCUCCAUCGCCAAGCUUCGAGCUGGGGCUGUCCAACUUUCCCCCACUGCCAGGAGCUGCAGGCCACCUGAAGACAGAGGACUUGUUUGAAAAUAGGCUGUCUAGCUUGAUAAUAGGAUCAUCAAAAGAAAGGAGCCUCAACGCAGAUGCCAGUAUGAACACUAUUCCUGUGGUGGUCCCCAGAGAGCCCUCGGUGCCGGCUUCCUGUGCUGUGUCAGCAACGUACGAGCUGCCCCCCUCCCCAGCCCACUCGCCUGAGGAUUCCAAGGUGGUGGAAAAGCCCAGGGAAGCCCACCGCGUGGAUAGACUCCCUCCUGCCCUCACUACAACCGCGUGCAAAUCGGUGCAGGUGAAUGGAGCUGCCACGGAAUUGCGAAAGCCCAGCUACGCAGAAAUAUGUCAGAGAACAAGUAAAGAGCCUCCUUCUUCCCCUUUGCAACCCUCAAAAGAACAAAAGCCAAACACUGUCAGUUGUGGGAAGGAGGAAAAGAAGCUGGCAGAGCCCAUGGAGAAAUAUCGGGAGCCCCCAGCCCUCAAGGCCGUGCCUGGAGCCCCCAGAGACCAGAGGCGGCAGGCGGGGGGCCGGCCCUCCCCUUCGGCCAUGGGGAAGCGUCUCAGCCGGGAGCAGAGCACGCCCCCCAAGUCUCCUCAGUGAAAACUGUACGUCUGGGAGGGGUCGCAAAGAGCUGUAUUAACCACAAACAAAACACUGUUCCCACUCAGUGCGAGGCCGAGUCGCUGGUUAGGAGCUUGCAGUGUCUGAGGCCCUGGGGAUCCUGCAAGUUAGUUCUCUUCUGUGAGUCAGAUUCUCCCCCUCUGGAAAAAAGUCUAUUUUUCAGGAUUUGAUUAAUACAAACCUUAUUUUAGGUUGGUGCUUAACUGGAGGUAAUACAUAAGUCUGAUUUUUUUUUUCCAGGAUAGAAAAUGCAUUUAUCCUAACAAAUUGGUAUUUUUUAUUAAGCCUCCGUGUGGCUCUGAAUGCAAGCCGUGUAUAGUGAGUUUUUCUAACUUAAGGAGCUAUGCUACUUCAUUUUUUAAAAGUGACGGGUCUGCAAGAGCAUAUCUCUAGAUGGAUGAGGGCUGAUGGGCCUGGCAGAGACAGGCGUGGCCUCCCUGGGAAGGGUUGGCAGUGUCAGGGCGCGGAGCCGGCCUGGAAGCCAGGCUUUUGUCUCACCGUCACAGGAGAUGCAUUCAGACAAGGCGAGAGAGUACUUUUUUGAUCUAGUGAGCGGACAGAACCUGCUGAGGACGCCCUAGAGAGACCUGGAUGCUUUGGGUUUAUGUACUGCAAGCCAGCAACCAGCUUCUCACCCCAGUUUCAAGCGGCUAUUAUGUAAUAUAAAUUUAAAGCACAUUGUGAAUAGAACCGAAAUGAAAAUACAAACUGUGGCCCACUGACACGUUACCAGAAGUUGUCCCGUGAUGUUGUUUUGGUCUCUGUGAGCUGACGGCUGCGCCGGCUCCCGGGCGGUGCCUGCUCCAUGCACAUUUCUGUCCAUGUCCCCAGCACUCUGGAGAGUCUACAUCUCAGUCAGCCCCGUGUGGACGUCUUCCUGGACCUCUGCAUCGGCACAUGGAUUUAAAGUGACGUAAUCGUGAGAGAAUGGUGUUUGUGGUUUGUCCCCCUCGUUGGCUGGUGGAGGACGAAACUUCUGCUCUUUUACCUCCAAGACGAGGGUCUCAUUGAUUCACUUCUAGAAGUGCUGCACUUCUGAAGAACAAGGAUGCACUAAAGUUAGCAGUUUAUAAUAAAGUUAAAUAUAAAUUAUUUUGUUUUAAAAUGCCUAAAAUUUUUCUUUAAGUAUUCUAAGCAGCAAACAUUAAAAUAAGAAUAUUUCCUGCUAAAUGUAACCAUACUGUUUAUUCCACAAAAUGUUAUUUAAUAAGAGUGAGGGUUUUUUUUAAGAAAAAAUUAUUUCCAUCCAAUAUUUAAAGACUUGAAUUUUAUUUAAACUUGAAAAUGACUUUGCCUUAACUUUUGUAUAAGACAGCUUAGAGUUCAUGGAGCCCAGCCCUGGGUUGGCGUGAGUGGGCCAGUUACUCAGUUACGUGUGGAGCUCUGGUCACUAGUUUCACUGAGUAAGCAUACUGUCGUGCGAGACCUAGCAGUGGUUUUUGUAAUAGACCUUAAAGAUCUCCAACAGUUGAUCUUUUUUCAGAUUGUUGAAAAAUCCUGUAAAUGCAAAUAGUUGAUACUGUAUUAAAUACAUGCACUUGGGAGUGUGCUUUGCUUGUACAGUUGUAAAUAAUCAGAACAUAUUAAAAAGGUACCCUACAGAGAAAAUUCUGAUAAAAAUUAUUGAUAUAUUAUAAAUGUUGCUGUUGAGCUGGAUGUAGAUAAACUAAAUGUUGUGAUUUGAGUAUUAUUUUAAUUUGUUGAGAUUUUUUUCUUUUUCUCUUAUAUUGGUGUGUUGAACUGAUUCUGCCUCUUUGCUACAAAAGGGAAAUGGAAAGUCUUAUUAAAAGCCUUCAGAUGUAUCCAUACUCUUUAAAAAAGUAUGUAAAUGCAUAAAGAUCACAUCUAAUGUGAAAGAGUUUUAAAGUAUAAUACAGAAAGCAAAAACUGGCAGGAUCUUAGGUAAAAGUAAGACAUAAUCUACUAAUUAAAAUCAUCUACAGCUAAGCCUGAUUUACCCUGCCAGAGGAGAACUUGCCGAGGUGUCUGGCCAUUUCCUCCAGAGCAGUUGCCAUUAUUUAAAUGUCUGGGAACACCUACAGUGCUGAUGGUUUUCAAAUGCCUGUUAAAGGAACAUGGGAAUUUAUUUCUUUUAGUUGUCAGACCACUGACCAAAAGAACCAGAAACGAUGGACCCUGAAGCCCUAACUGACAGCUGUCAUGAAGGCUGGGAGGCGACUUAACCUCGGCCCUCGGUGGCACAUCUUUGCUUGGGGGAGGGCCAGGGUGCCGACAGCCAUCCAACCCCAAAUCACAGCGCCCCACCACGAGCCAGUCUUCGGUUUUCAAUCAUGAGAAAUCCCUUCUCCAAGGUGUGAGCUUGGCGGUGCCUGUCUUUGUGGCAGGAGCUGGCUGUGGUCGCCCGUGCGGUCGGCUGUAAUGCAAAGUUCACCAGCGCUGGAGCACAGGCUCGGGCAGGGCCAGUCUUACUUGCACUGCUUGGGAGUUCUGCUGACUGCCUAGCUGGUCAUGGGCUGUUGCAUCAGGAGCCGAAAUCCUGCUUGGAUGGGAUUUUUAGAGCAUCCUUUUUAAUUAAGCAAACUAGCACCCUAUCCAUCCCCUCUCUGAUGUGACUGCAGUUUCCCACUCACGGCGGGAGGUUCUGCAGUGUGAGUUGUGACAAGCACAGACAGCUGUGUGCUGUGUCACUACGGCAGCGAGAGUAGUUUUUGGACAUCUUUUUAAAAAGCGAACUCCUUUCCCCCAGUAGUAUCUCAGGUUAUGGAAUCAGAGAUACAGCAACAGCAAAUGGCAUUUUAACUUGCAAAAUCGUGUGAUGAGGCUUAUCAUUUGGAAACAGAGGAAUAAAACCUGGCCCCGGCUCCCCAGACAUGGAUUUCAAGUGGAGGAAUUACUCUCCGAGAGUUGGUGUCAUGAUGUUCCUGUCAGUCCCUCUUGUCCUUGCAUCACUGCUUGUCACUAGCAGGUGGCAAAACACUUUAUGUUGCUGUACUAGUCAGGAUUUCUGCAGUUUAUGUGUACAAACUGGUGCAGUGUGUCCAGGCGGCAGGUGAUGAUGGUGCAUGCCCGUCUGUGUGUCCCUCUGGUGGGCUGCAGUUGUGCUGGGUGCCCCGAGGCCCGCCAGUGCAGCCGACAAUCGAGGCUAGGGCACCGGCCACUGCCCGCUCCCAGGUGGGAGUGUCGUGCGGACGCUCUUGAGGGUUUUGUUUUUGUUCUACUUCUUUUCAUUAAGACUGGAAUCAAGCUUACAUGUAAACUAUUGGUAAUUUAAGUUUCCUUUUGUGUCAUUCAGUGUAAAACUGUCUAAUUUGGAAAAAAAAAUGUAGGUUAUGAAAAAUAAAGAUUUAGGCACUGUUCA